GCAAGAGAAGAACUUGAAAGUGUGUGAAGGAAUCAGAAGCAAAUGAGAAGGGAGGAAAAUAAAAGAAAGUGGAGACUGCUGAAAAGACUCAACCGUGGUUGAUUUUUAUCCCGUGUGUGCUCCAGAUACAGUGUUUAUUUAGGUUUGGGUUUUGUUUUGGGGUGGGGUUUUUAGGGGCCCUUAUUUUUAAAGCCACAACAGCUCUCCCUUUCUCUACUAUCUAUAUAUCUCCAAACCCUUGCUGGCUCUUAUGGGCAUGAAACACUCUUCCCGCUGCCUGCUCCUAAGGAGGAAAAUGGCGGAGAACGCUGCCGAGAACACCGAGGUGAUGCCAGGGAGUUCUGUGGGCCUCAUGCUUGACACAUCUGGAUUAAAUGAUGUCUAAGGUCACUUCUCUAGAUCCUUGGAUCCUCUGAUUUUAAGACUUGCUCAAGGUCGUCAAGUCAGCAGUGCACCCUCCCAACCUCCUCAGCCUGUUGUGGUACCUAAGCCAGCACAGUGUGUUCACCAUGUAUCCACCCAGCCCAGUUGCCCUGGACGAGGAAAGAUGUCUAAACUUCUGAACCCAGAAGAGAUGACCUCAAGGGAUUACUACUUUGAUUCCUAUGCUCACUUUGGGAUUCAUGAGGAAAUGCUGAAGGAUGAGGUGCGCACGCUGACCUACAGAAACUCCAUGUACCACAAUAAGCAUGUGUUUAAGGACAAGGUGGUGUUGGAUGUUGGGAGUGGCACAGGCAUCCUUUCUAUGUUUGCUGCUAAAGCAGGGGCCAAGAAGGUGUAUGGGAUCGAAUGCUCCAGUAUUUCUGACUACUCAGAGAAAAUUAUCAAGGCCAACCACUUGGACAACAUCAUCACCAUAUUUAAGGGUAAAGUGGAGGAGGUGGAGUUGCCGGUGGAAAAGGUAGACAUCAUCAUCAGUGAGUGGAUGGGUUAUUGUCUUUUCUAUGAAUCAAUGCUUAACACAGUGAUCUUCGCCAGGGACAAGUGGCUGAAACCUGGAGGGCUUAUGUUUCCAGACCGGGCAGCUUUAUACAUGGUAGCAAUUGAAGACAGACAGUACAAGGACUUCAAAAUUCACUGGUGGGAGAACGUGUACGGCUUUGACAUGACCUGUAUCCGGGACGUCGCCAUGAGAGAACCCCUGGUGGACAUUGUGGACCCAAAGCAAGUGGUGACCAAUGCCUGUUUAAUAAAGGAGGUAGACAUUUACACUGUGAAGACCGAAGAGCUCUCAUUCACAUCCGCAUUCUGCCUCCAGAUUCAGCGCAAUGACUACAUCCAUGCCCUGGUCACCUAUUUUAAUAUCGAAUUUACCAAGUGCCACAAGAAAAUGGGAUUUUCCACAGCCCCUGAUGCUCCGUACACCCACUGGAAGCAGACAGUUUUCUACUUAGAAGAUUAUCUCACUGUCCGGAGGGGCGAGGAGAUCUACGGGACCAUUUCCAUGAAACCAAAUGCAAAAAAUGUGCGGGACCUUGAUUUCACAGUGGACUUGGACUUUAAGGGACAGCUGUGUGAAACAUCUGUAUCUAAUGACUACAAAAUGCGUUAGCACACAAAGGAAUUUGCAGAAAGCAAAAAAAAUAAAAAUAAAAAAGAAGCACUGUCUCAUCUCGAUCUGCUGCAUUUGCCCACCAAGGAAAACUGUUUGCAGGACUACACACGUGUACCUCAGUGUGUUAACUCAGCCCAGAAGUUUGGUCACCUCAAGAGGUUCCUGGCAGGCCUUGAUCUAGGUUGGAGAUUCAAAAGAACCCCCAGCUCAGCUCUGAAAGUCCAACCUAAAGGCCACACAGGCAAAGAGGCUCUGGUGCUCCAGCAACCCCCCCCCCCCCCAAGGAUGGAAAAGGACACAUGCAUACCAAUUGUAUUCUUUAACUGUGAAUCUCUGGAUCUUCCAAGUUUUGCAUGCUGCAGGCAAUUAGGGCAGACUGUUUACAUUAAAACGCAGAGACAUAGUGUCUUUGAUAGCUUAACCAAGAUUAUCUGUCUAUCUGUGGUGUGUGUGUGUGUGCGUGUGUGUGCAACAUAUAUAUUAAUUUAUAUAUCCACAUAUGCCUGUAUAUGCAUGCAUAUACAAUCAAGUGGGUAUACUUAGACAUUAAUGGAGAGUGGUAUGUAAGUAUGUAUAUAUGUGCAUAUAUAGACAUAUAUAUGUAUUUAUAUAUAGCUCACUUGGAGGGGGUUCUGUUGCUUUUGAAUAAGGAAUUUGUUUUGUGGUUAGUUUCUCCCCUUUAAACAGAUGUUAAGCAGCCAGUGAAAGUUACCUGUACCGUCACUGGUUUUCCUUUAACCAGACCUGUCUCCUAGUGCCUAGCAUAGUACCACAUGUCUAGAGGGCACUGAAUAAAAAUGGAUGAAAGUGAGAUGGACUGAAGUAAAGUGCAUCGUUUGUUCAUAAUGUCUCAGCCCUUAGGUUUUUAAGAGAGGAGCCACCUAAAGAAUCUUGAGAUUUAAAGGGCAAUAGAAAAUUAGCUGUUUAAUCUUGAUUGGUUAUUGUCCUUCAUUCUCAAAGAGGACCAAAAUGGCAUCACUAUGUGUUGGAGUCAUGUUAUAAUAUGUCUGACUGUGGCUAAUCUACCACAGGUCAGGCACAAAAAAACCCAUGUGAACAUUUGGAGUGGAUUUUCUAACUUUGUGCAUUUCAUGUUUAUUU